ACAAGAUCACGAAGUUUUAGGACAAAAUGCAAACUAGUUCUCAGAUCCAAAACUCUCCAAUUCCUGUAACAGUAUUUACAGGAUUUUUAGGUGCUGGUAAAACUUCAAUAAUUCUUUCGUUACUACCGCGUGUUCCAAAAGGAUAUAAACUUUGUUUGCUAAAGAAUGAAUUUGGCGAUGUAAAAGUGGAUAGCUCAUUGGCACAAGGUAGCGACCUUGCAGUGCAAGAGAUGCUAAAUGGUUGUUUAUGCUGUGUGUUGGUCGGUCAAAUGAAAUUGGCUUUAAUGGAACUUAAAGAUAAAUAUAAUCCUGAUCGCAUAAUUAUUGAGACAAGUGGAUCUGCAUUUCCGGCACCUAUUGCGUGGCAAAUCCGUGAAAUGAAAAAUGAAGGAUUCACAUUAGAUAGUAUUAUAACAGUAGUCGAUUGUAUAAAUUUUCGUGGAUAUGAGGACACGAGUUAUACAGCUAAGAUGCAAGCUCAAUAUACAGAUAUAAUUUUACUUAACAAGCAUGAAUUGGUAAGCGAACAUGAACUUGAUAUAGUUAUUGACCAUAUAAAUGAUCUUAAUACCGAUACACCUAAAAUUAAAUGCGAAGGUAAAAAUGGCGUUUCGCCAGAUCUUAUAUUUGGAAUUGAUACAAAAUUAUUUGAUUUAGCAGCUAAAUCUUCUGAGCUUAUCGAUCCAAGAAUUGAAAAUCAUCAUCAAAAUGAAAUUGAUUUGAUUCAAGUCAUAAUGACCCGUCAAUCGUAUUCAUUAAUUUCUCCCUAUACAAAAAAACAUUUUGAGACCUUUCUUGAGUCCCUUUCAAAUAAUGAUAUUUAUCGAUUAAAAGGUUUUAUUUGGUUAACGCAAGAACAUAACAAAGAAGAAAUUAGUCAGCUUUAUAUUGUUAAUCAUGCAUUUGGACGAUAUACUCUUACACCAAUUCAAAGGUCGUUAAAUAAUUCUGAUGAUGAACUCAUUUUAAUAAAGAUUACAAUAAUGGGCAUAGAUUUAAGAAUGCAUUUGCAACAAAUCAAAGCCGGACUUUGUAUUAAUGAUGAACAAAUUACUUUACAUCUUGCUCAUAAAAGUUGAUUACUAAAUUUGAAUAAUUGGUUCUUAUUAUAUUCAAACCAAUCAUAGGGCAAUGAUAAACUGCAUUUGAUUAU